UUCUCUCUGUCUUUGUUUAGUUUUGUUUGUGUCACAAGAAACCAUGGCUUUGUCCAAUGAUCUUCCUCCCCAACUCACGAAAGAUGUCGUCAAGAGAAGAAGCAGAAAAAGAAGAACCCUAAAAAGUAAAGACCUUGAAGUACUUCUCAGCGUGGCAACAAGAGCCGCUCGUAUCGCAAGAGACAAAGGGCACUACACCGUCUCUCCCGAAGCAAUACGGUGCGUUGAAGUUCUCAGAAUGAUGAGAGGCUUGCCUCUCACUCCUCGUCUCAUCACCAAAACUGAUGCCUUGCGAGCCAUUCAUCUCCUCGCUACCGAUGGUAACCCUAAAAUUAGGUCCGAGUCUAAAUCCGUUAUCAAUCACUUGAAAGGUGUUAUAGCAAGUAGUUGAAGAGAGGGUUUUGCUUGGAAGACACGAAGCAUGGAGAAGAUCGAGUAUAAAGACUAGUAGGGUCUUAUUUCUGAAAAGUUCUGUAGUGAAUAGCUUUGUUGUUGUUGUCUAGUUCAUGUUUGAAUCAAAUCUUGAUUGUCAACAAAGAUGCGUGUUUUGAAAACACAGAAUUGGGUUCUAAUGUAUGAAACUGAUAGUUAUAGGGUAUACAGAGAUGAUGGGGCCUAGGGUUUUAACAAUUGUGUUAACAAAUUCUUGUGAAUUGCAAAGUAAAGUGUUUUUUUUUCGAGUUCAUGUUCUAUGUUUGAAUCAAAGUUGCAUGAUUGGAGACAGAGAAUUGGGUAUUAAUGUG